UACUGGCAGUAUUAUCAUUAAAUAGCUGCUUCCAUCGUGAUCGCAUCAGUAAAUUAAUUUUAUUUAAAAAGUAAUAUUUUAUACAUACUUUUUAAUUAGAAAAAUAGUGGAAAAUGACUGAGAAAACAUCAAAUCCUAACUAUAUUCCUAUCGAGGACGAGAAAACCUAUAAUGAUUUAAUACAGUCAAAAGAUUUAACUCUAAUUCAUUUUUACACACCCUGGUCGGAUCAAUGUAAACAAAUGUGUGGAGCUAUUGAGGAAAUGAUAAAAUUAAAUGAAUAUAAGAAUGUAAAAUUUGCAAAAAUACAAGCGGAGGAUUUUCCAAAAAUUUCCAUAAAAGACAAUGUCUCGGCAGUGCCGACAAUAAUUUUCUAUAAAAAUGGAAAGAUUGUCGAUCGAGUUAAUGGUGCAAAUACAGCAGCGAUGGUAGAAAUUACUGAUAAACAUGUGUCUCAUGAUUCUUCGCCGACAAAGGAGAAAAGCUCUGAAACUUUAGAAGAUCGAAUUAGAAGAACUAUUAAUCUUGCACCUUGCAUGUUAUUCAUGAAAGGAAAUCCGACUACUCCACGAUGUGGAUUUUCAAGGACGAUAGUGGCACUUCUUGAUAGUUGCAAUGCUGAUUAUCAAUUUUUCGACAUUCUGCAAGACAAUGACAUUAGGGAAGGACUCAAGAAAUUUAGCGAUUGGCCGACUUAUCCGCAAGUCUAUGUUAAUGGAGAACUCAUCGGUGGGUUGGAUAUUCUUAAGGAAAUGAAUGAGUCGGGAACUUUAAAAGAAAUGCUUCCACAAAAACCAGGCAUGGAAGAAAGAUAAAAGGAUCAAGGAAUUCUAUUUUUACAAUCUAAAAUUUAAUUGAUAACUGUCAACUUUUACCAUUUUUUGAUUAUACAAAUAGUAGAUUAAUAAAUUAUUAAAAUUUA